GUUCCCCGACUUCCCCAUCUGGACCAUCUCACACUUGAUCGGAUCGCUCCAUAUCAGCCCUCUGUCACCACGAGAGGGCGCGGAAUCUAGUCGAAACGGCUCAGGAUACAGUGGAGGAUGAAAGGGACUCACAAUCGAUGGGCGUAAUACGGAAGAAGACCGCCUCGCGCGGCACGGAAGCUGGGACCAAGUACCAUUGCGAUAUCUGUUCGGUCGACGUGACUUCAACGGUUCGUGUAUCGUGCGCCCACCCCGCCUGCCAUGAGUACGAUCUCUGCGUUCCUUGUUUUGCCGCCGGAGAGAAAUCCAAGAACCACGACCCGUCCUCACAUCCGUUCCAAGUGAUUGAACAGAAUUCCGUUCCGAUCUUCCAGGAAGAUUGGGGAGCGGAUGAGGAACUUUUGCUGUUAGAAGGCGCGGAUAUUUAUGGGUUGGGGUCAUGGGCCGAUAUUGCAGAUCAUAUCGGUGGUUACCGAACUAAGGAGGAAGUACGAGAUCACUAUAUCAGCACAUAUAUAGACAGCUCGAACUUCCCAUUACCCGAACGCGCCGACCCGGACGAUACGCGACUGUCCGACUCGAUCUCCAAGGAAGAGUUCCAGUCCCGCAAGAAGCGCCGCAUCGAGGAGCGCAAGGAGGCGGCUAAGGCGGCUCCUCCGACGACACCAAAACAAAAGCCGACAGCCAGUGUUCCAGCUUGUCACGAAGUGCAAGGUUAUAUGCCUGGUCGUCUCGAAUUCGAGACGGAAUUUAUGAACGAAGCAGAAGAGGCGGUGCAACAUAUGACGUUCGAGCCGGGCGCAGGUGAAACGGCCAACGGUGAAACAGACGCGGAGAUGGAGCUAAAGAUGACGGUCGUCGAUAUCUACAACUCGCGUCUGACCGCCCGAACGGAGCGCAAGAAAGUUCUGUUCGAGCACAAUUUACUUGAAUACCGCAAGAACACAGCCUUGGAGAAGAAGCGCACUAAGGAGGAAAGGGAUCUACUAAACAAAGCGAAACCGUUUGCUCGAAUGAUGAACCAUGAUGACUUUGAGGAGUUCAACAAGGGCUUAGAGUACGAGCACAAUCUACGACUAGCCAUCACGCAACUACAGGAAUGGCGACAGAUGGGGAUUGGAGACCUUAUCGGCGGAGAAAAAUACGAGCAAGAGAAACAGCAACGCGCCCAGAGACUCGUGCCACAAGGGUCCUUUGACCGGUUCGCCAGCACACGACCGAAGCAGUCACAGCAGCCUGAGGGUCCCUCUGCAGCCAGUCAGCUGACCACACCAGAGCUCCCGUUGCGGUUACAAAAGGCAUCCGGCGCAAACAAGGCCGUAGAGCCGGUCAACCAACCGAUGAACGAUUUCGACCGAGCAUUUGCCAGCAAUGGAGAUGGUCUCACGACACCGCAGCCCUCCAAAACGAAGUUUGUAGUCCAACCGCUUAACGGGGUUAUUCCAUGGAAACUAGAGAACGACGGCGCACCCGACCUUCAUCUCCUAACCAAGGAAGAGGUGGAAGUAUGCAACGUACUGCACGUCCAGCCCAAGCCUUAUCUAGUAAUCAAGGAGACCCUCCUCAAGGAAGCAAUGAAGCAGGGAGGAAGCUUGAAAAAGAAGGACGCGCGAACAAUCUGCAAGAUCGACGCGACCAAAACGGGCCGAAUUUACGAUUUUAUGGUGCACAGCGGCUGGAUCAACAAGGCAUAAACCCCUGUAAACCAAUACUCCCCUACCCCAAAAACAACACCAAAUACCAAAAAGGGGAAGGAAGAAAGAAAGGGACAAACAAAAAUGACGUUCAAAACCCCACCCCCGACCCCACAGCACGCCAAAGUGACGUUCCCGACCCCAAAUGUCCUGCAAGUGACGCUCUCGCGACCCAAGGACCUCAACUGCAUAAACACAGCGGGCCACCAUGAGCUGCACGAGCUCUGGGAAUGGAUGGACGAGGAGCCGAGUAUCCGGGUUGGGGUGUUGACGGGGGAAGGGAGGGCGUUUUGCGCGGGGGCGGAUUUAAAGGAAUGGAACAACCAAGUGAAUAGCGCCAAGGGUGAGAAACGACAACAGCCAUCGUCGGGAUUCGGGGGUCUUUCACGCCGGAGUGGGAAGAAGCCUAUUAUUUGCGCGGUGAAUGGACUCUGUCUGGGGGGUGGGUGUGAGAUGAUUGUCAAUGCGGAUCUAGUGAUUGCGUGUGAGAAGGCCUUUUUCGGGUUUCCCGAAGUUCAGCGCGGAGUUGUUGCGAUUGCGGGGGCGUUGCCGCGGGUGGUACGGACCAUCGGGCGACAGCGGGCGAUGGAGAUGGUCUUGACGGGGCGCCGGGUGACGGCGACCGAGGCGGAGAAGUGGGGAUUUGUCAACGAGGUGCUGGCCACGCCGGAAGACGUGGUGACGCGGGCAUUGGAAAUCGCGGGUCAGAUCGCGGCGAAUAGUCCCGAUGCGGUGAUCGUCAGUCGGGAGGGAGUCAAGUUGGGUUGGGAGGGUGUGGGAGCCGAGGAGGGCAGUCGCUGGUUGAUCGACGGCUGGCAGAAGCGGUUAAAUGAGGGCGAGAAUAUCAAAGAGGGAUUGAGGGCGUUUGUGGAGAAGAGGAAACCAAAGUGGGUGGAUAGCAAGUUAUAG